AUGGAGGCUAUGAAGCCCAAGUUGAAAGUGCUGAAAAAGCGUCGCUCCAGCCUUUUUGCGACCAUAAAACGGGAGAUGAGCUUUACGCAAAGCAUUGAAGAACAGGAAAGUGAAUUCCCUUUUUCACAGGACAGCUCUGUGAAAGCAUGGACAUCUAUGGACAACCUUGACGCACCUGAAGAGAAAAAAGGUGCAAGAAAAGAUCAGAAAAAAAUUACACCCAACCCAAGGAAAUCGAACAUAGUCAACCUCAACAUAGGAGGAAAGGUGUUUCACAUUCCAAAGCAUUUGGUUCUCAAAUACCCCAAAACCAGGAUUGGAGUCCUUGCCCUCUGCAACGAUCCGGUGAAGCGUCUGACACUCUGUGACGAUUACAAUGUUCAGAAUGACGAGUUCUUUUUUGACAGGGACCCCAUGUUUUUCCACUACAUCUUCCACUUUUACUGCAGUAAUGUCCUGUGGGUGAUGGACAGUCUGUGUCCUGUCAACUUUGAGGAGGAGAUGUCAUUCUGGGGGUUGAAACUGAAGGACACUCCAAGGUGCUGCCGCAUUCUGUUUGAGGAGAAAGUGGAUGACAUCAGAGACCAGCUGAAGGUGAACCAGGAGCUGCUCGACGAGAUUAAGCCUCACCAAGAUGGCGAGGGAUACAAGACCAUGUUUCUUGGAGACUUUCGGAAGAUCCUCUGGGACUUGAUGGAGAAUCCUUACUCCUCUCUAGGAGCCAAAGCCUUUGCUGUGUUUUCCAGUCUCUUUGUGCUUAUCUCUAUUGUUGCCAUGACACUGAAUACAGUAAAUGAACUCAGGCAGUAUAAACUUGGUGGCAAAACCUACAUGGAGUGGAUAGAGGUUUCCUCCAUCCUUUUCUUCACCUUAGAGUACUUUUUGCGGUUAUUCACCACAUCCAACAUCAAACAUUUUGUGAAGAGUGCCCUCAACUUUGUUGAUGUGGUGGCUGUGAUGCCCUAUUUCCUCCAGAUCAUUUUUGAGACAUUUGUUAUGGAUUCCGAAGACGUCAGCGCAAAGGAGGAUUUAAAGGCCAUGGCGAGGGUCAGUAAAGUCAGCAAGGUGCUCAAGGUCGUCAAGUUGAUGCGCAUCUUCCGAAUCUUGAAGCUUGCCCGUCACUCCACAGGCAUGAGGGCAUUUGGUUUUACCAUCCGACAGUGCUCUGAGCAGGUGUGCUGUCUGUUUCUGUUCAUUGCCAUGGGCAUCUUCACCUUCUCUGCUCUGAUGCACUCUGUGGAGGUGGAUCAGCCUGGGACACCUUUCAGCAGCAUACCAGACGCCUGGUGGUGGGCUGCGGUGAGCAUCUCUACUGUUGGCUACGGCGAUGUCGUUCCUAUCUCCUAUCUUGGCCGCUGUGUGGCGUUCGGCUGCAUCUCUUUCGGCAUCAUCCUCAACGGCAUGCCCAUCUCCAUCCUGUUCAACAAAUUUUCCGACUAUUAUGCCAAACUGAAGGAACAGGAAUACACAUAUUCAAACACGGAGCGCUCCUUCCAGCUCAAGAAACGUCUGCGGCGCAAGUUUGACAGCUGCUUUGAACCCCCGCCAGAGGAGUCCGAUGACGAGAUACACUAUCGGCCCAGUGGAAGGCAAACUACCUUCGACAGCGAUGAUUUCUCAACCCACUAGUUACAACCUCGCUCACCCUAAAUGGCCUUAUCACCCAUGGGUCUAGAAACUGUAAGACCCAUCUGCCUCCGACUCUGAGGUCUGAGCUCAUGUGAAGAUAAACAAUCUCGGGGAGGGGGGUCAAUGGGGCGAUGGAAGCAGCAGCAAGUUGAGAUAAGCUUUAAGCUUCAGCUUUACAGUAGGUGCUGUGUGCACGCUAUGUGGGAUGACUCCUCUGUCAAAUGGACAAGAACCUCCUGCUGGACGGCUUGUUAUCUGUUUCCAAAAAUAGCACUCGGCCGAAACUAAUUCUGACUAAACCGAGAUAGAUGUUUGAUUCAGGGAGCUCAAGUAGUUACAUUAUCAACAAAGCAAUGUCAUACUCUAAUCACUUUACCGGGAGUGUGAUGCUUGUGAAGAACUGUUCUCAUUGGAAGUGCUAUUAAUGGACUGUUUUCGACAACUACAUGGUCUCUUACAUUUUACUUUACAUCCUUGAUAUUCUGCAACAG